GUGACAGGACACAAACUUGUCUCAAGCCACCUACGGCUCUGCAACUCACUGGCCGACUCCUCAACCGCGAAGCUCCCCGCUCCCCGGAACCUCAGCCCAGGCCGGGGCGCACGAGUCCGCUGGCCCAUCUGCUCUCCCGGCCCGGACGCGUCCCGCCCCUUCUGCUGUCCCAGGUCAGCCUUCUCCCCACAAACCAGCCCCAACUCCGGCCCGGGACGGUGGGCAUCAAGAUGAAGGCGGCACGCUUCGUGAUGCGCAGCGCCGGCACCCUGAUCCCCCGCGAGGUCGAGCAUUUCUCGCGCUACAGCCCGUCCCCGCUGUCCAUGAAGCAGCUGCUGGACUUCGGUUCAGAAAACGCAUGUGAAAGAACCUCUUUUGCAUUUUUGCGACAAGAGUUGCCUGUGAGGCUAGCCAAUAUCCUGAAGGAAAUUUAUAUACUCCCUGAACAACUAGUAAAUACCUCUUCAGUGCAAUUAGUUAAGAGCUGGUAUAUGCAGAGCCUGAUGGAGUUGGUGGAAUUCCAUGAGAAAAGCCCAGAGGACCAAAAGGCAUUGUCAGAUUUUGUAGAUACUCUCAUCAAAGUUCGAAAUAGACACCAUGAUGUAAUUCCUACAAUGGCACAAGGAGUCCUGGAAUAUAAAGAUGCCUGUACAGCUGACCCAGUCACCAAUCAAAAUCUUCAGUAUUUCUUGGAUCGAUUUUACAUGAAUCGUAUUUCUACCCGGAUGCUGAUGAACCAGCACAUCCUUAUAUUUAGUGACCUACAGACAGGAAACCCAAGCCUCAUUGGAAGCAUUGAUCCAAACUGUGAUGUGGCGGCAGUGGUCCAAGAUGCCUUUGAGUGUUCCAAGAUGCUUUGUGAUCAGUAUUAUUUAACAUCUCCAGAAUUAAAGCUAACACAAGUGAAUGUAAAAUUUCCAGGCCAACCAAUUCAUAUUGUGUAUGUUCCAUCUCACCUUCAUCAUAUGCUCUUUGAAUUAUUCAAGAAUGCAAUGAGGGCCACAGUUGAACACCAGGAAAACUGGCCUUCCCUGACACCAAUUGAGGUGAUUGUUGUCUUGGGGAAAGAAGAUCUUACGAUUAAGAUUUCAGACAGAGGAGGUGGUGUUCCCCUGAGAGUCAUUGAUCGUCUCUUUAGUUAUACGUACUCCACUGCACCAACGCCUGUGAUGGAUAAUCCCCGGAAUGCUCCGCUGGCUGGUUUUGGUUACGGCUUACCCAUUUCUCGUCUCUAUGCCAAGUACUUUCAAGGAGAUCUAAAUCUCUACUCUUUGCCAGGAUACGGAACUGAUGCUAUCAUCUACUUAAAGGCUCUGUCUUCUGAGUCCAUAGAAAAACUCCCAGUCUUUAACAAAUCAGCCUUCAAACAUUAUCAGACGAGCAGUGAGGCUGGAGACUGGUGUAUCCCAAGCAAGGAACCAAAGAACCUGGCAAAGGAAAAUGUGGCUGUGUGAGGAGGGACUUGCGGACACGCUAAGGGAUCAAAGUGGGUCUGUGCCAGGGCUGCUUCCUGAACGUUUGCCCGUGAACUCUCGUUUCCUCAAAAACAAGCAACAGCCACAAAAACUCCUUGAUCCGAACACUGAUGUGACGGGAAGAGAGCUCCUUUCUGUGACCCGGGCGAGCACAGUGCAGGACGACAGGACUAACGGCUGGCCAGCUCUGUAUUCUCCUAACUUAGAAUAAUGCAUGAGUUUGUAUCAAAUCCUGAAGAAGGAGUAAGCCUGUUUACCAUCUCUUUAUCAACAAAAAGGGGAAUGAGUGAGAAGGGAGAUGAAGGCUAGCAGUUUCAACCGACAGAUACUUUAGGCCAUUGAUUGAUGUCAUCAGAUAUUGGUAUUUAUGGCAGUACUUUCCUGUCACUCAAAGGAUGAGGGCUUAUUUUAUACUGUAUGAUUACAAAUGUAUGUAAACAUAUAUUUCAUGAAUACCUAUGCAUUCUAGACGUGAAAAGUCAGUGACUAAAAUAACAUUUACUUUGAAUGAGGACAAAUGAGCCAACACGCUUUAUUCAAAGUUGCAGCCAAGGCCUGGGUCUAUGUAAAAACUCGGAAGAAAGCCCCUUCUGAUACAGUGCCUUUACUAUGUUGCUUUUCCUGUUCACACCUCAAAUAAGAGGUGAGCACUUAUUGCAAGGUGCAUAUGUCUUGGUUGAAUUUCAAAUGUGCACUGAAUUCUGGAUGUUGGCAGCUGGACGAGGAGAAGAAUUGCCAAAGUGAUAGCAAAACCUCACCUUUCUUUGCUUCUAAAUGAAACAGAAGUAGAUUGGAAAAACCAGUAUUAGAGAAAGAAAUCAGGCAUUCAGAAUCUAACUCAGUAGGAAGGGCUGUUCUCCACCCUGCAGUGGUGGUUAAUCCAAAGGCAUUUAUUUUCUAGGCUUAAAGAGAUAUAUAUUUUUAUAUAUUUAAUUAUGUUCUCUACACUCCACCAUUAACAUCUGAUAAAAAUUUGUAAUUAACAAAUGGCUCAAGAACAUUGAAAUUUAAAUACUUCCUGGAGUAUUUUUAACAAAUAGCCUGUGGGUAAGAGGACUCGAUGGACGUGAGUCUGAGUGAACUCCGGGAGUUGGUGAUGGACAGGGAGGCCUGGCGUGCUGCGAUUCACGGGGUCGCAGAGUCGGACACGACUGAGCGACUGAACUGAACUGAACUGCAGAGGUUUUCACGCCACGGAUGGGUGCUUUCAUUUGUAAAUUGUUGUGAAUGAGAGCUAAUGCCUGAAAGCUGUAAAGCGUAUGGCACUUUUGGGGAGUUCAGGUGGAAUGUGCAGGUGGACAGGGCAGCCUAGCACAUUCCUCUCAGAGAAGAAACGAAGAAACAAAAGGAAAGACGGAAGGAAAGAAGAGAGAUGGAAAAGGAGGAGAGAGGGAAGCAGAAGGCAAGCAUCUUGCUAUAUUCCCCAUAAAUUAUUUCAAGAAAUGACCCAUAUUAUCAUGGAUAAAUUAUUGACAAGAGGAUGAAUUGGUGUUUUUCAAAACAGUAUGGCCUCUUUCAGUGGUUUUUUUUCACUCUUACAAGAUAAUAGGCUUUUACGAGAUAAUAGACUCUUCUGUGAAACCGGAAUAUUAAAAAAAAAAAAAACAGCAUUUUCUGUUUUGUAAAAUAAUCAGUACCAUCCAUAUGUUGGAUUUAACAUUUGUGUUUAAUUUUCUCAUGGCCUAGUGUUGUGCUUCUGGUAGUGGCCAUAGAAGGCUCACACGAUUUGCUGUGGAUUUCAGAUUUUAUCAUCAGAAGUCCUGGAGGUGACAUUCUUGAUUGUGGGACUCUGGCUCAUGCAUUUAUUGACUAUAUACAACUAUUUGCAAUAGAAUAUUCGACUUUUCAAAACUCUAAACAUUUUUGCAUGUAAAUAUUUGUGUUUACCAAAAGAAUUAAAGCAAUUGAUUAAUAGUUAAUGAAAUACUGUGAACUGUCUUUAAGACACUAGAGAAAAAGAAACGUUGGUAUCUCAGUAACAUCAAAUGUGUAAAUGGAGCUCUAUAAAACAGAAAUGGUCCAUAUUGGUAUUUGUGAAAUCUGUGGAAGAGCUUUAGGAUCCUAGUGGAUGGAAAAUGAAUGUUCAGGCCCACUUAAAUUAUUAAUGUAUACACUGUGUUUUUGUGUCUAGGUUAUGUACAGAGAAAUGUGAUAAUUUUUAUAAUAAAUAUUUUAUAUUAUAAUGA